AUAUUGGUAUAGUCGACUAGUAUUGCACAACCUUUGACCUCCAUUUAGUAAUAUAUAACGUAGUAGCUUGUCGCGUUUGUGCGGAACCGUCUAGAAAAAUGAGCUUUUCGAGUGUUUUACCGUAUUUCUGCCGCGGGAAAGUUGUCCACGGGUUCGGCAGAGGCAGUAAAGAACUAGGAAUACCAACAGCGAAUCUGGCUAAGGAGGUGGUGGACCACAUACCCAAGGACAUUCCAACUGGCAUCUACCAUGGCUGGGCUAGUGUAGAUGGUGGGGAGGUCCACAAGAUGGUCAUGAGCCUCGGAUGGAACCCGUUUUAUAAGGACAAGACAAAAUCUAUGGAACCUCAUCUUCUGCAUCACUUCAAGGAGGAUUUCUAUGGCUCCACCCUCAGUGUGUGUAUAGUCGGCUACAUACGGCCAGAAAUGUCCUUUAAUUCUGUUGAUGAACUGAUAGCUGCUAUCCACUCAGAUAUGGAGGUUGCCAAACGGGAGCUGGACAAACCUGAGAACAGGAUGUACAGAGAUGACAACUUCUUUCAUGAGAAGACACCAUCAUCACUCUGAUAAUAGAUUUAUACAUAUAUGACGAUCAGAAUCAAUCAUUCUAAAUAUAGCUUAUAUUUCACAACCUUCCUCCCAGGCCUGAAGCUUGUAUUGUGCAAUAAGCAAACAAAAGCCCUGGUGAAUUGGCCUCUUAAUCAUUUUGUAAUUUAUCAGCCAAUCACAUCACCUCUUGACUGUAAGAAGUGACAUGAUUGGUUGGUAGAACAACAAGAUGGGUGUGUGUGUGCUGAAGCAGUUGCUGAUUGGCUGACAACUGUCCAGUACAAAAUGCCCCAGUUCAACAGACAGAUUGUAGGCUGUUUUAUCAGGUCUGUAUGAUACAAUCUGCAGACUGGUAGGUAAGGAUGAUAGUUCAGAGAAAAUGCCCCCUAUGCCUUUACUAUGAGGUACUGUGCUUGCGAGGUAUCAUAUUGGCAAUAAAUCUCAGGGAUGCCACCCCCUUUACAUCUCUGCAACAAGCACUUUCCUCCAAGCUAGAACCAAGUACAUACAUGUAAGACAUGGUACAUACAGCACCAAGUAUUGUAUGACUGUACUCAUGGUACAGACAUGGUAUUGUAUGACUGUACUCAUGGUACAGGCAUGGUCACUUUUCCAUACAAUUCUAUUGUCAUAAAAUUUUCAGCAGGGCUAUGACAGAACCAAUUAUUGACAAGCAUCUGUAACAAACUUUUCUGACAGCUGAAAAGUUAACAGGCACACAUUCGAAAAAAAUUGAUGACGUUUAUAUAUUUAUGCAAAUCAUUAGCAAAUUUGGAUGUAUUUUUCUGUAUUUACAUUGCAUUGGAUUAUGAGGAUGUUACAUAUUUCAUGCAUAAUGUGAAUGACACCAAUGACAACAUAGCAACAUGCAUAGAUAUGCAAGUUGUGAUUUCAUUUCUGUGAUUUGUUUUGAAUUAUCAACAUUUUGUGACUACAUGUAAAUCAACACAUAUAGGUACUUGUGUUAGAAAAUGUAGCAAAUCUUUCUUUUUUAUUGCUGUCUCCAUGUGUAUCAAGUGGAACAUAAGGUGGAGUAAGAAGUAAAAACCAUGUACACAUGUACCAUAAAAGAAAAACGUAUAUUGAAGAGAUGCAUUUUAUUGCCUAGAGUGGGAAUUCGCCCUUGUUUUCAGAGGCAGAUGUGAAAGUGGGUCCAACAAAGCCUUAAGACACACAUCAAUUUUGUUGGUUCUCAUAUUUGAAAAAAAUGUGCUUAGCAGGAUGAUUGAAAUGAAAACAGACUCAGAGGGGAAGGCUGUACCUCGAUGCACAAGUAUCAGGGGGUAAAUAAAUAAACAUUCAAUUAGAUACAAGUUGUCUUCUCAGCCCUCAGUUUUUAACUAUUUCCCUUUUGCUUAAUUUGCUUUAUAUUAAAGUGUUUGAGAACCAAAUGAAUAAAUUCAUAUUAAAAAUCAUGGUAGACUUGUAUUGGUAGUGAGCUCAGUUUCAUUUAGAGGUUUUAAACAUUUAAAAUGAUGCCAGACUUAAGAGUGUUUUAUUGUCCUUGACAUGUGAGUAUGGAAGGUUUGAGACGUUAAUUAAAAUGUUUAAAGAUAUA